ACCCGGAUGUUGACAUGAUGAUUUUACCCGGCUACCAUGAAGAACUGCUAGCAUCUUCACCUCAUAUUCUUCAUAAUAACACAAAUUGAUGCCCUGAAAAACAUCUCAAAUUCGUGUCUGAGACUUUAUUCUUUUUCUCACACACAAAGACAGACAUUUAUAAACAUGUCACAAGAAGGAUAUACAUCACCAGCAGGGAUAACCAGCGCAGACACGAGCUUGAAUUCAGAUGAAUCGCAGAGGACCAACCCCAAGAAAACGCCUAUUCAGAUCCUGCAUGAAUAUGGCACCAAGAGUGGCAACCUCCCUGUGUACGUGAUGGAGAAGGCUGAAGGAGAGGCUCACCAGCCCAGCUUCGUCUUCAGCGUGAAGAUUGGAGAUGUGUUAUGCACAGGUCAAGGUCCCAGUAAAAAGGCUGCUAAACACCAGGCGGCAGAGGCGGCUCUCAAUAUUCUGCAGAUAGACGCUGGGGCAGUGAAGGUUCACGUGAAGUCUGAGAGUAACGGUGUCGUAUCAGAAACCAACAACCACCCCAACUCAGUGGGGAUACUACAGGAGUUGGCGCUGCAGAGAGGAUGGCGUCUUCCUGAUUACACCGUGUUAAUGGAGGCUGGCCCGCCACACAAGAGAGAGUUCACUGUUACGUGUCGAAUGGAGUCCCUGUCAGAGAAAGCUGUAGGGAAUUCAAAAAAGGUGGCGAAAAAGACGGCUGCAGAGAAAAUGGUGUCAAAGCUUCAAGGUCUGUCGGGCUGUUCUGAAAUCACAUGGACUCCUAAACCAAGCGUCCGAUUUGAGAACUUAAGGAACUCGUCGGCGGAGAACAUAACUUCACUGAGGAGAAACCCGCUGAGCAUUCCCAACACAGAUUAUAUUCAGCUGAUGCUGGAGCUGUCCAAGGAGCAGGGCUUUGAGGUCACAUACUUUGACAUUGAUGAGCUGACGGUGAACGGGCAGUACCAGUGUCUAGCAGAGAUCUCCACCUCCCCGGUCACCGUGUGCCACGGCACCGGCAUCUCCUGUAGCAAUGCUCACAACGACGCCGCACACAGCGCCCUGCAGUACAUCAAGAUCAUGGCCACCAGCAAGUAACACCUCCACGUCUGCACCUGCUUCACCUGUCACACAUCAGCUGAUCAUCCAUCAUCCUUCACACUAGUCUUCCUGCCGUGGAUGAAGUCAAGCUAUAUUUUUAUAAUUAUGUGUAUCACAAAGCAGAUCGGGAGACGAGUACCUGGACGUUCAGACUUGAAUCCGGUAGAGCAGUGUUUGUGAGGAGACAAAUGGGAUCAACAUUAAGAAACAAACACAAAUCAAAUGUUGUCUUCAGGUUGAAGAGUUUCAUGUUUCACUUGAGAUGUCUAACGUACUGUAUUUAGGAUAAUGUACACGUGUUACUUAAGUAGGAAGCGUGAAUAAUAUAAAGCACUUGUUUUUUAACUUUUUGUUGAGUUGUAAGUGGCAGUUCACCCCAAAAUCAAAGAUGCACUUUUUACCUCGGACUGUGCUAUUUAUAAUAAUAAUACAUUUUAUUUCAAUAGCGCUUUUCUUGAACCCAAAGACGCUUAUCAACUUAUUUAUCAAUCUAGAACGUCUUUGUGGUGUGAGUUAAAGAUUGUUAUAAUAAAUAUAUUUGGAAGACUCCACAGCACCGAUUUCUCCAGACUCUGUUGUGAGUAGUUGUAUUUUGUACUGACUGCUCCUGCUGACAUCACAGUACGCUUCCUUCUGCAGAUGGCGCUUCAGUUAAGAUGAAAACUAUGUGUUUUUGAUUUUGGGGCAAACUAUCCUGUUUUCAAGCUGUAAUUAUCAAGCUGUGUUGUUUUUGCCUCGUUGUUUGUGAGGAUGCAGAUAUAUUUACGUUGCAUUUGUCUUAAAUUAUUUUUUUUAUUACAGUUUUUCCCUGUAGCAAUAUAUUGAUCUGUAUUGAGCCAAUAGAAGAUCUCAGACAUUCAUAUUGCUUCAGAGAUAUUUGCCUUUUUGUUAAACUCAAACAUGAAGACGAAUUGAGAUUAUUUUAACUUGUGUUAUAUUAAAAAAAAAAAAGGGUGUUCAUUUUGGUUUACAAAUGUUUUUUAUUUCCUACUUACACUCCGCUGUCAGUAUGCAAUCUACAGUGCAAGCCUCGCUGUCUGUAUCUGGUUAACUCUUAAAUGGAUAUAACACAUUACUUCAUAUUACCAUCCUGUUGCCAUGUUUUGCAGUGUGCCUCAAAGUGUUUGUGAUAUAUUAAAUGCAUUUACUGACUUGUAUGGAAGUAUCCCUGGUGCGGAGCAGCAACAUCAUGAAAACAGAAAAUAAACCCAAACACUAAAUGUUAA